CAAAUAAGAAUUAGUAUUAUCUUACAAACCAUACAUGACAAUGACACGAAAUAAUGUACUCGUCAAAUAUGGAGUAUUAUAACUACAUUAUGAGCCAUCGUAGUUAAGAUUAGAGUAGACUAAUUAUGUAUUUAGACGUUAUAAUAUAAGAUUUAUAACAUAAAAAUUGAGACGCAAUCAAAACUUCAAAAGUCCGACAUGUAUACCAGCGACUUUCUCUCGUCACGCUCAUGACGGCGCGUGUAAUUCACUCUCUGAAAUUUUCAUUCAUUUGUCUCGAAAACGAAAUCUGAAACCGCCACACACAGUCGCCAAACAUGUCUCUCUCGCUACCCUCUUCUUCCGCCGCAGCAGCAGCGGCGGCGGCGUCGACAUCGGGAUCAUCGUCUUCUCCGGCGGCUGCUUCGUCUUCCUCAACGACCACGUCCUGGUUCUCCGGAAUCGUUCGCGGCCGUGGUGACAAAUCCGGCACCGCGAAGCUAUCUAAAAGCUCUUCCAUGGCUGGAGGAGGAAGUGGAAGCGGAGAUUACGGAGGACCAAUCAAAGGGAAGAAUCAAUUUCGAGGAGUUUUGUUCAAAUACGGUCCCAAAUCCAUCCAGGUUGCUUUUAAGACCGGAGAGUAUAAACAACAAGUGAUAUUUAUCGGUGGAUUAACCGAUGGACUUUUAGCUACUGAUUACUUGGAACCUCUUGCAAUUGCUUUGGAUAAAGAGAAAUGGUCACUUGUUCAACUACUGAUGUCCUCGUCAUAUUCUGGAUUUGGCACUUCCAGCUUGAAACAAGAUGCACAAGAAAUCGACCAGCUUAUAAACUACCUCAUCAAUAAAGAGAACUCUGAAGGCGUUGUUCUACUUGGUCAUAGCACUGGCUGCCAGGACAUUGUGUACUAUAUGGGAACAAAUGCUGCAUGCUCCCGAGCUGUCAGAGCUGCAAUUUUGCAGGCACCGGUCAGCGACAGAGAGUACAAAGCAACGCUUCCUGAGACACCAGCUAUGAUAGACUUGGCUGCAAACAUGAUAAAAGAAGGUCGAGAAGAGGAGCUAAUGCCUAGAGAAGCUGAUCCUUGUGCUCCAAUCUCUGCUUAUAGAUAUCACUCCCUCUGCGCUUACAUGGGAGACGACGAUAUGUUUAGUUCUGACCUUAGUGAUGAUCAGUUGAAAACUAGACUUGGACAUAUGGCUCACACACCUUGUCAGGUGAUUUUCUCCAUGGGUGAUGAGUAUGUACCAGAUUAUGUCGACAAAAAAGCACUGGUUAAUAGAUUAAGUAAAGCAAUGGGAGGAGCAGAGAAAGUGGAGAUAGAGCAUGGGAACCACUCUCUCUCCAAUAGAGUUCAUGAAGCUGUUCAAGCCAUUAUUGGUUUUGUCAAAAGAGAAGGACCCAGUGGUUGGGAUGAUCCUUGGAGCUAAAUCUGUUUUUUCCAUUUAUGUGGAUGAAAAACUUAUCCAAAUCUGAAUCUCAUGAAUUAAUUCACAUCUUGGCUGAUUCAUAACCAUUUAUCCUUAAAAAGUAAAAAAGUAAAUUAUUGUCCUUUUGUUCUGAUAUAUUACUUGGAUCAUUAAGAAAAAUGUCUUCCUUAUUAUAUAA